AACAAAUAUUAGCUAACUGCCAAUGGUGGGGAGAAUAGUAUUUAUAUUAUCCAAUAUUUUCUAUGUUCUCAAUCAAAAAACGAUCACCACCAUGGUGAAUAUAACUUUUAAGAUUUUAGCACUAGUGUGCUUCCUCCAGGUAUGUGCAGGUGCGAAAAAAUGGGAGGAACUUAGUGUCCGGUUUGACGUGCUCAAAUCAUUGGGCUUCCACCGUAUUCCUAAAAGCACCAGUGAUCGUCUGAUCAAUGAUUAUGUGAAGGUUGAACCGGAAGAAGGUUUCAAACUUCCUGUCGACUUCUACUGCCAUCCCAACGAUCCUAGGGCUUGCUUUAUGUUCGACAAGAGAGGAAACGUUGUCGGAAUCCAAACCUCAUUCUUAAAAGCCGAUAUGGCAAAGGUAAAUCCAGUGGACUAUAAUUACACAGCUGUUUUGCCUAACUACCAGGAGACAAAUUUCUUUGGAAUUCCAGCAUGGAGUUUUAGGGCAUACAUAACUAAUCCAGAAAAACUCACUGAGAACGGCCGUGUAUCUAACGGCGAAAUUGGAGAUGGUCUCUGGACAUACAUCAACGGUGAACUUGUUGAAAUCCCAAGGAUAAUGCCACAAGGAGACAGAUUUGGUGACUUCUACAAACAAGGGUGCAUGCAUUCUAUGGGUCAACACUUCUUCUACAAAGUCCAUAAACAGGCUACGUGCAAGGAACUUUUCGCCCUCUUUCCUAUGUACGAAGACGGGUACCUCGUAGGGUACGGUUUGGCUACACCAGGGACAGGAUCUGCUGGUAGACGCAGGAACUGGUACGAACACCCACCCAAGCUAGCUCUAAGUAUCAUCACACCCAACAGGCCACAAUGCUUGGACAGGUUGGUGGAUAAGUACGGCUUGACAUCCAUGCACGUCUACUUCGUGAGAAGACCUUGGGACAUCUCAUGCACCAUCAUCGGUAAGGUCAUCGGUGGUGUUACAGGCUGGAUCCCAUUCUAAUAAUUGUUAAAAUCAUCAUUAUUUUUAUAAAAUAAACGCUGUGUCAUCUUAUCUCUAAUAUCUUACUAUAACAGUCUUGUUUUUUUUUUUUAAUUUUCCAAAUAAAUGCCUAUUACAAUAAUAUAUAAAAAAAAUCGAAGAACAUUAUUUUGAAUGUGAAUAAGUUAUUGUGAAAAAAAUAUUUUUACAAGACUCAGAAGAGCAAUGGCUUUUGAUGAAAGUGCUAUCAAAUGUAAUGGAAUUUCACGGAGAAGUGACGAAUUCCAAUUUAACAUUACUAACUUUACUACAAUUACAAAAAGGGUAUUGAGAAAUUUUUCAACUGAGAUGUUUAUAAAUGUUAAUAAAUCGAGUCUAGAUGAAUUGUACUUCAAAAAUUUCUGUGCGGACAUUAAGACCCGGCUGUAGAUAAAUUUCGUAUUUGUAUAGGGUUCCUCCCUUAAAACAAAUAAAGAUUAAAUAAAUUUAAAAUUCAUUAAGACCCGGCUGUAGAUAACUUUUGUAUUUGUAUAGGGUUCUUCCGUUAAAACAAAUAAAGUUUAAAU